AUGAAUCAAUUAUUUUUGAGCGCCGAACAUGUCCUGCAAGGAGGGUACUUUCACUCGACUUUGAGGAAAUUACAAGAACCUAAUACCAGUAUCGAGGCUCAUAAUAUUAUGUAUCCCGUGUUCCUACUGGAAGAUGACAAUCUCAUUCAGCCAGUGGGUAGCAUGCCCAAUGUGUGCAGGUAUGGACUGCAGCCACUGAUCUCCCACCUGGAGGAACUAGUCAAUAAAGGUCUCAAUUCUAUACUCAUCUUUGGAAUUGUUACAGCUUUGCCAAAGGAUGCCUCAGGAUCUAGUGCAGAUUGUCCAGAAAAUCCAGUACUGAAAGCUCUUCCUAAACUGAGGGCAAAAUUCCCAAAUCUACUAAUAGCAUGCGAUGUCUGUCUUUGUCCGUACACUUCUCAUGGACACUGCGGCCUCUUGACUCCCAAUGGAGCCAUAGACCAUGCUGCAUCAGUUAGAAGGAUUGCUGAAGUUGCCCUAGCAUAUGCUAAAGCUGGUGCACAAAUUAUUGCUCCAUCUGAUAUGAUGGACAACAGAAUCAAGGCUAUCAAGGAUGCCCUGGUGUCCUGCAAGCUGCAGAAUACUGUAUCAGUGCUCUCAUAUUCGUGCAAGUUCGCUUCGGCUAUGUAUGGCCCAUUCCGAGACACUAUGAAGAGUGCUCCGAUGGAGGGUGACAGGAAAUGCUACCAGCUGCCCCCUGGCAGUGCAGGACUAGCUGCCAGGGCUGCCGCUCGAGAUGUGGCUGAAGGUGCGGAUUUCCUAAUGGUGAAGCCAGGCCUGCCGUAUCUGGACAUUGUGAGGCAGACCAAGGACAAGUACCCGUACCAUCCUCUGUUCAUAUACCAGGUGUCCGGUGAAUACGCAAUGAUCUGUCGUAGUGGAGACAGCUCAGAGGUCCAAACGAUUCUUAUGGAGACAUUGACGAGCAUGCGCAGAGCCGGAGCUGAUUGCAUCAUCACAUACUUCGCACCAUUAAUUUUAAACAUGAUAAAUAAAAAACAAUAA